AUGUUGCAAAUACAUUGCGAAGGCACACCUUAUCAGAUCGGUCUGAAGCACGGUCAGGAAGCGAAGUUACAGAUCUCACGAUGCCUGAACUUCUACGCCGGCAUGUUCCAAGAAACUGCGAAGAUGGAUUGGGGAAGGGUGCAGCAGCUUGCCAUGACCUUUGAGUCGAUCAUGGAAAGGAAAUGGCCGGCGUACCUGGAGGAAAUGCACGGUGUUGCCGAUGGCGCCGGUGUUGAUAUGGCAGAGAUCAUAGCGAUUAACGUCCGCACUGAGAUUGCCUUCGGCAUGUUUUCCGACGGCUGCACAGCUUUGUCGUGGCGAACCGAGUAUGCCAGCUUUCUGGCGCAGAACUGGGAUUGGAUGGAGGCGCAGAAGGAGAACCUUAUCAUCCUCACCAUUGAGCAAACCGACAAGCCGACCAUCAAGAUGGUUACCGAGGCCGGCUUAAUCGGUAAGAUAGGCAUGAACUCCGCCGGCGUCGGUGUAUGCCUCAACGCCAUCAAAGCCAAGGGUAUGGAUCCAACCCGUAUACCAUGCCAUCUUGGGCUACGGAUGGUGCUCGAAAGCCAAAGCCGAGAUGAAGCAGUACAGAAGCUGGAGAAGUAUGGCGUCGCUUCAUCCUGCCAUAUGCUAGUGGCAGACGCUCAUGGUGGCGUUGGACUGGAAUGGAGUUCGGUCGAGCUCCAGAAGGUUCCCAUGAACGUCUCCGAGCAGGUGUUCCAUUCCAACCAUUACCUGAGGAAGCAUAAAGGCGUCGAAGAUACCAAUUGGCUUGGCGACUCAAAUUUCCGCGUAGUAAGGAUUGAGGAGCUGUGCAAGUCAUUGGGGGGCCACCCGAACUCACAGAAUCUAUUCGAACUGUUCAAAGACGAAGCCAACUAUCCCGGCUCCAUAUGCCGGUCACAGUUAGAUGGUGCUCAGUCUGCAAGUCUGUUCAAUAUCAUAAUGGACCUUCAGGCAAGGACUGCUACCGUGACGCUAGGUCGACCUGUUGCGCCUGAAGAAGUUGUGCAAUUAGUGUUCUGA